AUGGUCAUCGGCUUGCUAGCCAUCGCGGCCAUCCCCACAGUCAUCGGCACCGGCCAGGCCGUGAGCGCGCAAAAGAAGCAGAAUGCCGCCGCCAAAGAGCAGGCCAAGUUCAGCCUUACGGCGACCAUGACCAUCGACGGCAAGCGAGAAGAGGCGCCCUGCGUCCUCCUCUGGAUAGACCAUAGCAUGGCACGGGCGCCAGGGCACAAAUUUUCAGGAUACUAUUUCAACUAUCCCAGCGAGGAGCAGUACCGCGGGCUGGUGUCGACCAUCUCCGACGACCCGCCCAUGCUGAACUGGAUCUACGUCGACGCAGACACCCGCGCGGUCCGUCACGGAGGCCGUAAGGACACCAUCGGUCACGUCAUAGGCCCCUGGGGCUGGACGGACGACGAGCGGCACUUGAUGCUUCGCGGGAGCGGUCUGGGGUUCGUGGCCGUCCUGGAGGAAGACGGUAGAUGGGCCGUCUAUUGGGACCCUGACGGGAGGUUACGGCAAGGGUACGAGCCGGACGAAUGUGUAGAGAUAGCUUUGAGGCGGCAGAUGGCGCUAGGCAUUGAGAGCGCGUAUGUUCGAGAUUGA